UGCUGCCAACACAAAAUACUGGAGACACCAACAACUCCAUAUCACCACAACAGCUGCGCUGUAACCAUGACAAAACAAGCUUGGGACCGUAUUCAACCUGAGUUUCGCUCUUACCUCGAAAAGGCUGGGUAUGAAGCCAAGGAAUUUAACGAUCCUUCUUGCAACCGUGCAACUCUUUUCAACGCCUUCGAGCAGCAUUUGCAGCAGCAGCAUUUGCAGCAGCUGUGCUGGUACAUGGUAUCGGGAGUGAUAUCUCGGCCCUCAACCCAUGCUGGUGCGCGUUACGAGCUGUUCAAGUUGGCUGCUGGUUCUGGGCUGUAUCCACAAAAUAUGGACGCAGAUACUGCCUUUGUGUCUAAGGCCAGCGAGACAGAGGAGGAUCGUUCCCUCAUUUCCUUUUCGGUGGUCUUCACGGAUGGGGCCCAAACGGCGCAGUUUGUGGACGCUGUACUGAUGUAUCUGCAGCGGAACGAGGGGGAGCUUGUUCUCCUUGAUGAUAACCUGAGAAAGGUGGAAAGCUUGCAGAUAGAGAAAAUUCCCCCCUUUCACGAGCCGGCGGUGCUGGGCAGGGUAAUGAAAAGCCACUACAAACCCCUAAAAGGAGAGACGGGUCCAGGGUCUCCCCUUGUUGACGUUAUUAUGGAAGAACGAUCAACCGACUUCACAGUGGACGUAUCGCUUCUGUCAACACAUGACGACACUUUUUUAUUCCAUCGGAUUGAAAAUGACACCGCGUUUGCGUUGGCAGCGCCGGAAUCUGCACACAUUGUCCCCAGUCCCUUAUGUUCUGGAGAAUAUGAAUGGCUUGAUACGCCCGACUUUAACCGCCUGGCCUUGAGCAGAGAUUUCCAUUUAAACUUUGAUGGAACAGGACGGGGAAGAGGCAAGCACCGGAAAACAAUGCAGACAUUUGCCAUCCGCCCGGAGCGACCUGCUCAGGGCUAUGCGACUGGGAAUGUUGGUGGUCGCGCAUGCUACAGAAUCCCGUUGGUGUUGGUGCUGAAUGUAAAUGAAAAAGCCGGCGGGCUCCUGUCCAAGCUGCGCAAGAGUGUGAAGUUGAACAAGCCCCGAAACUCUCGCUGGACGAUAACUGGAACCGAUCUUCACAUCCACCACCCUUUAAACCAACGAGUCAACCUUGUAACAGAAGAAACUGACAGCGGUCCCGGCCUAGUGACUGCCAUUCCUGGUGUUAUAGGUCUCGAAGAUCUCCGUGAUUGCUGGUCAUAUCAGGUUCAGGAGGGCUCGCAUUCCCUUGAAGCAGCAGAGAUUUUGGAGAAAUGUCUGCAAUGGAACCACGACAAUGCUUUGGAAAAAUGGCGGGUGGCCUAGCAGGGUCAGGGGCCAAGAAAAUCUGCGCUUUCGAGUCAACUAUCGAUACAUAUUACUGAUCUCAUUGCUAAAUGUCCUAGUUUAUAGGCCCAUGUUAAUCGCUCGUUUGG